AUGACUGACUUCAUUGAACGUUUGGUUCCAUAUGAACUGGUGGACAUUGGCGCUAAUUUGGGACAUCCAUCUUACAAAGAUGAUUUAGACAGCGUUUUAAAGCGUGCGAAACAAGCAGGUCUUUCAAAAGUGAUGCUCACGGGUACAUGUGAAAAAAUAAGCGCUGAAUGUAAGAAACUCGCUGAGACGAUGCCUGGGUUCUUGUACUUCACUGCUGGUGUACAUCCUCAUGAUGCUAAGGAUUUUAAUGGGAACACAUUGAAUACUCUAAGAGUUCUACAGUCACAUAAACAAUGCGUUGCCGUUGGAGAGUGUGGAUUAGACUUUAAUAGGAACUUUUCUCCACAAGAUGUUCAAAGAGAUGUUUUUGAAAAACAGGUGGAAUUAGCUUGCGAGCUAAAUAAACCACUAUUCAUUCAUGAACGGGAAGCACAUGAGGAUAUGGUGAGGAUUCUGAGUAAUUCUGGAGAAAGUCUGCCACCAACUGUCAUACAUUGCUUCACAGGAACAGAAGAGGAGGCGAAAAAAUACGUGGAAAUGGGGCUACAUAUCGGGUUAACCGGAUUUCUCUGGAAAGACCGGCAGCCAAAUGGGGUGCAGGCGGCCCUCCGCAAUGGUGUCAUACCUCUUGACCGGUUAUUGAUUGAAACUGACGCACCCUUCAUGUAUCCAAAGAUCAACGAUAAAAAAUUGCCUGUCGACGUGAAGGAAGCUAUUAGUGAUUCUGCUAAAGAGCUGCACAAAUUCGCUUCUUUCAACCGUAAUGAACCAUGUGCUCUACCAGCCAUUUGUGAGAUGAUCGCUGCGUUUAUGGGCAAAGACCCGAAAGAGGUCGCCGAAGCAACGACGAAGAAUGCCAAACGGAUAUAUGUUUUCGCCCUCUGCUACGUCAUGAAUUUACUGGUCGAACAGUCGCUGAAUGGAGCUCGUCAACGAAAUCUGCUUCGCUCAAUGCUUAAUUCGAAGGUCUUCAAAUUUGGUGAAUUUGUACUGAAAAGUGGUCAAAAGUCCCCGAUUUAUAUCGAUUUACGCGAGUGCUUUGGAUACGCCGAUUUGAUGAGCUUAGCUUCUGAUGGUCUCAAGUCGCUGAUAGUAGGCACAGACAUAGAAUUCGACGCAAUUGUUGGUGUACCAUAUGCAGCACUCCCGUAUGCUACUUUAGUGUCCUAUCGCGAAUCAAAGCCACUAAUAAUCAUUCGAAAAGAAGCAAAGACCCAUGGGACGAAAAAACUGAUAGAAGGCUUGUACAAGAAAGGAGACAAAGUAAUUGUCAUUGAAGACGUAGUUACAACAGGAGGAAGUAUUCAAGAUGUCGUGGAUAUUUUACGUGACGAAGGACUUGUGGUAGAAGACGUGUUUUGUUUGCUUGACAGAGAGCAAGGAGGUGCUGAGAAGCUCGAAAAACAUGGUAUUACUUUGCAUAGUCUGAUGAAUAUGGAAACAGUACUUUCGUUUCUACUAUCUGUUGAGGCAAUCGACAAAGAAACCUGCUCAAAGAUAGUCUCGGCGUUAAAUCUACCAUGCCAAGGAGUGAAACACCUUCCAUUGUCUCUAGAGAUGGAAAAUCUCGCGAAAUUUCCUCUACACCACCUAGGUCGGCUACCUUUGGAAGAGCGUGCGAAAGAGGCCAUUUGUCCAUUAAACAAGAAGAUUUUCUCGUUAAUGUUGAAGAAGAACUCCAAUCUUUGCCUUGCAGUCGACUACACCUCUGCUGAGAAAAUUUUGCAGCUCGUCGAAAAAGCGGCUCCUUUUGUAGUAGCUAUAAAAGUUCAUGCAGACGCAAUUACGGAUUUCUCCGAAGACUUCACUUCAAAGCUUGUGCGACUAGCUAACGACCACGAAUUUGUUAUAUUCGAGGAUAGGAAGUUUGGAGAUACGGGAAACACUAACAUCUUGCAGUUGAAAGGAGCACAGCGCAUAGCAGAAUGGGCUGAUAUCGUGACAGUUCAUGCCGUGCAGGGAUCCGAUUCUAUAGGAUCGAUUUUCCGGCAGAUCAUCGCAGAUCCGGCCUACCGCCUCAGUGGUAUCCUUUUAAUAGCACAACUCAGUACAAAAGGGUCACUAACGGCACUUCCAGGAUACGCAGAAGCCGCAGCUGAGAUGGGUGGAGCAAAUCGAGAUGUUGUUUGCGGUUUCAUCUGUCAAACGCGCGUUUCAACUCAUCCGGAUAUGCUGCAUUGGACUCCAGGUGUGAAUCUGGAUGCAACCUCGGACAACGCUGGACAGCAGUGGAGAGGACUUGAUGAGGCAGUGAAACGCCAACAAAACGACAUUGUAAUCGUUGGAAGGGGAGUGACCGCUAGUUCUACUCCAAUUCAAGAGCUGACACGAUAUCGUGAAGCUGCAUGGACGGCUUUGACUGCGAAAAGUUAG